CCCAUUCCUCACACAAGGACACGCUGGACGCCGCCUGGAGUGUAUAUAAGGGCUCGCCUCUCCCUGGCUGCCACACAAGUCUUCCGGAGCUCCCUUGAAACACUCACAGCAACUAUGGCUCGUCUUCUGCUCCCGGUUAUGACUGUGGCUCUGGCCAUGGUGGCAGGCGCCAUGGCCAAGCAGGUGGGCUGUCCUUCAGGAUAUACCGAAGAUCAGAUUCCGACCCUCAGCCUUUCCAAAGCAAGCAAGUCUGAGUUAGAUGUAAUAAUUCAAGACCGAACUUUUGGGGACUUGGUGAACAAUUGCUUCUAUGGAAAGAACUGUGACCUAUGCGCCCAGAAUGACAAAGCUAGACAAAUCUUAGUGAUCUAUCCGUGGCUGGUCCGAGAAUGCAUCCAGAAGACUGGCGUCUGCAACAAGGAUCAGACAAAGAUGGCAGUAUACAUAGCCACAGAAGCCAGCAAGGUGUACCCCAAGGAGUACAAGGAAAUCCUCGCCCUCAUCAACGCUGCUUAAUAGGCACAUCACUACACAACCCGUCCCGCCACCUCUCAUGUUUCCCGCUAUAUAACUCCCAUCGGUGUUUGCCAGCAGCCACGGGACAGAUAAGAGGUGGUGUUAUGCUGGCGGCUUGUGGAGCGUAAUUGCGCCUGACAAAGCCUGAAUCACGUGGGGGCAGGCCACAACAAUAUAAUGUUUUAUGAAUCUGUUGCGGCCUUACCCAUUUUGGGGCAGGCCAUCAAGAUGGCUGUUCUGUGCAUAUAUAUGAAUAUAAGCUACUGUAUAUGAUUUGUUAUUACAAUUGUUCAACUGUUUACCUUACAAUACAGUAAAUUAACCAAU